UUGUGUUGGUGAAUGCCCGGUUUGAACAACUGCGCCCUUUUGCGAAAAAUAAAAUUUAUUGCCAAUCAUGGCUUACCAGGAGAAAAUAAGCGAGUUCAAGAACUGGGCCACCAGCCUGGGAUGUCCGCCCACCGAACUCCCCACCGACGACGUACUACGGAGGAUCUUCAAAUCCGGAUCCAGUAUGCUUCUCCAGCAGCUGCAGUCCCGCAUCCAGACGGUGGAAUAUGUGCGGGAGGUGCGCGAAAACCUGCUGAUUGCCCAAGUGGCCCGCCACAAGGACAAGAUGGUGCCGCUGGCUUCCCGCAGUUUCCAGCCACCGGAGCUCCAGAGGUACCACAAGAUGCAGGAGCUGAGGAAGCACAAGGAAAAGGCCGAUCUGCAGCUGGCGGAGGCCAGAAAGGAGUACCAAAAACUAGCCGCCAGCAUCAAGACCAAGAACAUUCAAACCAUCAGUGCCGAGAACCGAAAGCAACUGCUCGAGUCCAAAUGCAAUAUCCUCGACCUCAAGCUGGUAGCGCUGAACAAGAGCUACGACCAGGAGCUGAAGAACAAGGCCCAGAUCCUGGCCACCACCCCCGUAAAGCUGACUUCCAAAAAUGCCAGCGAGGUGCAGGCCACCCGGGCCGUGGAGCAGGCUCUCAAGCAGCUGGAGACCUUCUACGGGAUGUGCGAUGAGGGCAGCAGUUUGGCCGACGCCAAGCAGCGCCUGUGGGACGAGAUGCGGAGCACCUUCGCCGACAUCCCCAACGCCCUGCUCCUGAACGUCAUAAUGAAGAUCAAGGAGGAGCAACUGCAGCACAUAAUGCACCUAAAUGAAACCAGGGGAAGGAAAACCACAUCCAAGCCUCCGCUGAAUAACUUCGAGGUGAAGCUGCUGAAGACCAAGGCCGAUAUGCUGGGUCUGGCGGCCAAAUACUUUGGCGCUCAAAAGGAGCUGGAGCAGAAGGAGGAACGCUUUUGCCAGGACUACAGCGUUUUUGUGGACAAGCUGCAAACGAAGGUGUACAACUUCAACGGCAUCAGUGACGGCGACGAAGAAAACGCCGACGAGCUGAUCAGCGACUAUCUGGUGCAGUACAACAUGCGCAACUUUAAUCGCGCCCAGAACGAGUUCCUGCGGGAGCAAAUCGAGCUGCUGCGUCUGGAAUUGGAUGCAGGCGCCAGGCAGCUGGAGAACCACGAUCUCAAGUUGGGUUCUGUAAAGCAGGUGUACGGCGACAUCAAUGCCAGCAUCAACCGCAUCCAACAGGACAUGGUGCAGCUAUCUCAGAUCAAGGAGAAGAUCCUUUUCUCGCGUAACAUGAUGAAGAACCUGCUGGACGACAUGCAGGCGGCCACACAGAAGCAGAACGCCAAGUCCCAGCUGAUGAGCACCAAGCUGAAGGUCAGCAAUAUGUCCAUGUCCAUGCUGGGUGCGGAGAGCUUCUGCCUGGCCAACGAUAGUGUGUUCUCCAGCACCAAGGUGGAGUUCGAUGGAAACUGCAGCACAAUGAACGCAACGAUGCGUCGCAGCUUCGACAAUAAAACAUUGAUGCCGGGCUCCACCACAAUGAUGACUGCCUCCGGCACCACUGUACCCUCGCACCUACUGGAACUGAAUACCUUUUUGGAAAUACCGCUGGAAAAGUUGAGCUGCAUGCCACGCGCUUGCUCCUUCCUGUUGUCGGCCAAUCCGCUCAUCGUCGAGGCCCAGGAGCUGGCCUCCACCGUUCAACUGGCGCCCGGCUAUUUGCUAACACCCUUCGGCGCUCUGCAGGAAGUCCGCAAACGCAUUUUGUGGGCGUCGGCAAUUGCCGCACACACGACUGACUUGAAAUUGAAUUUGCAGCCGUUAAUUGUUGAUCCGCACGAUUUGAGGCUGAAGGCGAAUCGUCAGCACGAGGAAAUUGACCAAUUGCUGGACAACCUGAUGGCCAUUGGGGUGAAGACGCAGCUGCAGCUGGAAAAGGCCGAGCGCAUCUACCACUUCCUGCUCGAGAAUCCGUUGCGGCGCUAUGUUCCCCCUGGUAAACGAUACAACAACGGCAGCUUUGGAGAUUACGAGUCCGAGUUCAAUCUGUAUUAUCGCAUGGCCACCAAUGGAGGUUCCAUGAGGGCACCACCUAAUUAAUCCUGUUAUUUAUAUCAUGAUAGUUCUCAUUUACACCCACUUA